CAUCACAGUCCUGUGGAUUAUAGUAAUCCUGUCCACCAAAGUAGGGUAUCACACACGUCAGUCCUCCACAGCUGAACAAGACGAUGGAGGUCCCUGCUUAUUGUGCCGCUGUGCUCUUCCUUCUGCUCCUUUCUCAGGCAGUGAUCCCGGUUAGAUCACAGGAGGAAGAGGAGACCAUCCAGCAGGUGGAAGAGCUGCAAGAGGAAGAGCUACAGGAGGAGGAGCAGCAGGUGAUUGAGACGUGGACGCGAAAUGUCAAGGCCUGCACCUGUGACUGCGAGUCCGUGGAUUCGCCAACACGCAACCCUGCUGCUAUCUCACCUGUGCCGCCGACCUCAUUGCCAUCUCAGGGUCACCUGCUGAACUGCAUGCCAGAAUGCCCAUACCACAGAGCCCUGGGCUUCGAAUCAGGAUCUGUGGCCUCGGACCAGAUCAGCUGCUCUAACCAGGACCAGUACAGCGGCUGGUACUCCUCCUGGACCCCAAACAAGGCUCGCCUUAACAACCAAGGAUUUGGGUGUGCCUGGCUUUCCAAGUUUAACGACCAGCAACAGUGGAUCCAGAUCGACCUGAAGGAGGUGGGAGUGGUGUCUGGAAUCCUGAUCCAGGGCCGCUGUGACGCUGAUGAGUGGAUCACUAAAUACAGCAUCCAGUAUCGCACUGUGGAAACCCUCAACUGGAUCUAUUACAAAGACCAAACAGGAAAUAACAGGGUCUUCUAUGGGAACUCUGAUCGCUCCUCCACCGUGCAGAACCUGCUGCGCCCCCCCAUCGUAGCUCGCUACAUCCGCCUCCUCCCUCUGGGCUGGCACACCCGCAUCGCCAUCAGGAUGGAGCUGUUAAUGUGUAUGAGCAAGUGCACCUGAAGGCAUACAGGACUGCUCCCACCCCCAUCCGCCAUCUCCCUGCCAGCAGGCACUUUAUUUAAGGUUAAAGACAAAUAUUAUUGGAACAACUGCUGGGGAAAAAAUGAUACAUGUUCAAAAUUUGCUUUGGAAGAUUAAACACUUUAAAAAA